CGGGAUUUUGGCAUCUCUGGCAUCCCCAAGCGGGCAGGGUGGGGGUUUUCUGGCACUCCCCCCCCGUUCCCGUUCCUGGAGCCGCUGUGCUCCGAUAGGAUCAGCCUGGCGGGCAGGAAGGGUGGCACGGCCACCGGGAGAAUUGCAGGACGUGCCGUUCACGGGCACGAACCGGGCAAUAAAAACUGUCACCGUCCCCAAAAUCUUACACUUGCCAGGCUGGGAAAGGUGAAAUACGGGAAUUUCAGGGUUUUGCAGCUUGUGGAACGAACCCCCAAAACGCUGCGAGGGGGAGGAAGCAUCCCGUGAGGAUUUGGGAUCUGUUUCCAUCCUCCGCGCUGGCGAUUUCCAUCCCAGCCGCGUUCCCUCCCUUCCUCCCCACCCUGAAUUAAAUGGGGAACAUUAAAAAGCGAGAAGAUCCCUUUCAGCGCCGGUGCCAGGGCGAUUGUUCCGUGCCCAUUGUGUGCCCCAGGCAGCCCCGGAGCCCACACCUGAGACCCGCCCGCAAUGAGAUAAGGGCGAGUUUUCCCCUUUUUCCCUUUUUAUUUUUUUUUUUUCUGUUUGCUCGGCAGAGUGGAUAAUAAACCCUCAAUGAGACCUCUUUCAAACACGGCCCUAUUAAAGCGCUGGCCCCAUUUGAAGAGCGAAUUUCCAGCGGCACCGGGAGGAUGUCCAUGAGGAGCCCGGUGUCGCCACCCCCGGAGCUGGAUGGAGAGGGCACCAUGGUGAACUGCGCCGUCAAAACGGAGGAGAAGAAGGAGGGAGGACCCGAAACCCCCCCGGGGGCCGCCCCCAACCCCGACCCCCGGCCCCACGAGCCCCCGGGGCCACCACCCAGGGAUGGCAGUGACCCCCAGGCCGUGCCUCAGGAAUGUCGCUCUCCCUCCGGGGACAUCCCCGAGCCCCGGCGCUCCGCCUUCGAGCCGCCCGGGGCGGGCCAGGAGAAACUGGACUUCAACAGGAACCUGAAGGAAGUGAUGCCAACCAUUGAGAAGCUGCUGUCCAGUGACUGGAAGGAGCGGCUGCUGGGCAGGAACACGGCUGAAUCCAAGGAAGUGAAAGGAACCCAGGAGAGCCUGGCAGAGAAGGAGCUGCAGCUGCUGGUGAUGAUCAACCAGCUGUCCACGCUGCGGGACCAGCUGCUGACGGCGCACUCGGAGCAGAAGAACAUGGCAACCAUGCUCUUCGAGAAGCAGCAGCAGCAGAUGGAGCUGGCCAGGCAGCAGCAGGAGCAGAUCGCCAAGCAGCAGCAGCAGCUCAUCCAGCAGCAGCACAAGAUCAACCUCCUGCAGCAGCAGAUCCAGCAGGUCAACAUGCCCUACGUGAUGAUCCCCGCCUUCACCCCCGGCCACCAGCCCCUCCCGGUGCCCCCCGAGUCCCAGCUGGCCCUGCCCAUCCAGCCCAUCCCCUGCAAGCCAGUGGAUUACCCGGUGCAGCUCCUGCACAGCCCCCCUCCUGCCUCGCUGAAGAGACCCGCGGGUCCGGGCCACCUCCAGAUGCAGGAGACCUCGCAGCCGCUGAACCUGACGGCCAAACCCAAAGGUUCCGAGCUCCCCAGUGCCUCCAGUUCUCCCAGUUUGAAGAUGAGCGGCUGCCAGUCCCUCCCCCCGAGCCACGGGGGCAGCAGGGAGCUGCAGGCCAGCCCGUCCAGCCUGCCCCUGGGGUUCCUGGGGGAGGGCGAUGCCAUCACCAAAGCCAUCCACGACGCGCGGCAGCUGCUGCACGGCCACGGCGCCGCCAUGGAGGGGGCCCUGAGCAGCCCCUACCGCAAGGAGCCCGUCGGGAUGGACUCGUCCCCGGUGAAGGAGCGGAUGGAGGAGGCGCCCGGACACCGGCUGGACGAGGCUCUGCUGAGCUGCGAUGUGGAUGGCUCCCGGCACUUCCCCGAGUCGCGGAACAACAACCACAUCAAGCGGCCCAUGAACGCCUUCAUGGUGUGGGCCAAGGACGAGCGCAGGAAGAUCCUGCAGGCGUUCCCGGACAUGCACAACUCCAGCAUCAGCAAGAUCCUGGGAUCCCGCUGGAAAUCCAUGUCCAACCAGGAGAAGCAGCCCUACUACGAGGAGCAGGCGCGGCUGAGCCGGCAGCACCUGGAGAAAUACCCGGAUUACAAAUACAAACCGCGGCCCAAGCGCACCUGCAUCGUGGAGGGGAAGCGGCUGCGCGUGGGAGAGUACAAGGCGCUGAUGAGGAACCGGCGCCAGGACGCCAGGCAGGGAUAUUUGAUUGGGCCGCAGGGCAGCCAGGUGCCCCCCAGCUCCUCGGACGUGCUGUACCCGCGGCCGGUGGGCGUGCAGCUGCCCCCUCCCCUCCUGGAGCAUUACCUGCCCCGCGGCGUGGACCCCACCAUGCCCGUCAUCGUCAACACCCGCAGCCUCAAGGACGGGGACGCCGGGGACGACGGGCACUCGGUGGCCGAGGGGGACAUGUACCGCUACAGCGAGGACGAGGACUCGGAGGGCGAGGACAAGAGCGACGGCGAGCUGGUGGUGCUGACGGACUGAGGGGGACAGGGGACAGCCGAGGGGGUGGCAGGGCUGGCUGUCACAGGAGCCGCUCAGCCACGGGAGAGCUGCCCACCCGCACUGGGGUCCCACCUGGGAUUUUGGGUGGUCAGGACUGGUCUUGCUUUGGUGGCACCUGGGGCUGAGGCCACCGAGCCUGGAGAUUUGGUGACACGGCUGCUGUGUUGUCACCCCCUGAGGGGGUGCAGGGAACCUCCAGAGCAUCUCCCAGCCCUGGGGACACGGGGUGGGGACACGGGGUGGGGACACGGGGUGGGGACACGCUCGUCCCUCCUCUAUCCUGGUGUGACCUCCCUGUCGCGCUUCCCGCUCGCUCUUUGGAGCCUGCCAGGAAUUCCCAGCGAGCCAAUUUUAGCUCCAGCCUGGCCCUGGCUCCGGCCAAGGGCUCCUCGGGGCUCUUUGUGCUCCCGGCAGCUCUGCCCCACUUUGGGAAUAAAGCGGGGGCUGUUCCUGCCCUGGCAGCCCCCGCUCGUGGGGGACAUCCCCGCCUGUCCCUGGGCACCUGGCCCUGGAGUUUGGCUCCACCUGAGCCCUGCAGGGUGACAGGGAGGGAGUAAAAAUGGCCCUUAGGGGGGAAAAA